GGUGCGGACGGGUUCUUAAAGACACAACAAUAAACUCUUCACUCAGUCGUUACGUUACGUAACUGUAGUAAUUUAUUACUGAAUAUCAUUAGUUAUAUUGCUGUUGCUGCUCAGGUACAUAUAUUACUGACAUAGUUACUUUAGUAGCUUUAGUAAGGACAUAAUAUCUUAAUGUGACACUAAUCAUCUGAACAGGGUCAGCAGCUGAUUGGAGGAGGCGGAGCUCCGCCCACUUUGUUCGUCAUUAGCCACAUCUGUCUGUUUGAUCUUCAACAUCACAAGUUUGUUUUUGUUUCAUCAUCUGAUUAUUUUAAUGUUGGUUGAAGCAGCUGCUCCACAAACAUCACGUGAUCGUUCAGUUACAGUGUGACAGUUUGAAUCAGCCGGACGGAGACACGUCACUGAUGUGACGUCAGCGUGUGUGCGGCAGGUGAGGUCACAUGUGUGUCUGUGCAGGGAGCAGGAGGAAGGAGCGGCUCGUGAGCGGAGACGAGGAGGAGGAUCAGGACUCGGAGGAGAGCAGGAGGACCAUGGACAUCUCUCUGCUCAGAGAACAGUACCGGAGCAGCAGGGAGGCUCAGAGGAGACACACUCAGGUGCUGCUGCUCCGGACAGUGUUGGAGGAAGUGUCCGAGGCCGUCAGCAUCAUCCCCGUCGCUCAGGGUUUGACGUCGUCAUGGGAACCAAACUGCAGCCCACCACCAGCUGUAAUCUUUGAGCCCGACCCGACAACCUACGACCCCUGGCACGUCCACCUGGGCCUACACCGGCGCUCUCUUCCUGCUGUCACUGUGCAGCUCACAGCUCCAUCCCUAGAAACAACAAACACAGACAGUUCCUCCCGAUGUUCCUCCUCGUCCUCUGAGGAUGGAAGUUCACGGCAGGAUGUGGUUUCACCGAGCAGCUCCAGACCAACGUCUCCUUACAGCUCCUCCACCACAGAAGAAGACCCCCUCAGCACAGGCAGGUCCAGAGGAGACCCAGAGAAGACAGAUCCAGUCCAGGUUCCUGUCUCCGCUUCACUUGAUGCUUCAGAACUAAACCCGGGCAACGGAUCCAGACGGGAUCAUCCCGACCGCUCUGACACCAGUUCUGAUGAAAGCUCCACCCCCGUCGCCUCCAUCACCUGCUCCCGCAGCAGCUCCACCUCAAGCCUGCAUGAAGACCUGAAUACGGACCAGUCUGCAGGGAGGAAACCCAGUCACGACACUCUGCAGACCAGCAGCACCUCGCCCUGGACCGGCUCCAGGGAGUUCUCUGCCCCGGCCAGGUUCACCAGGCAGCUGAGCGUUGGGGGGUUGGGAUCCUCGAUGGGGAUCCACCUGAACCAGAACUACCACCCGUUCCCCAACAGGAAGACCCCGAGGAUCUCUGAGGCCGCCAGGAGGCUGGGCAUGUACUCGUCCUUCUGAGGACGGAUUAUCAAACACGAGACUCUUUAAUGGAGCUGAGAGUUCAAUAUUAGAUCAAUAACAGUGAAUUAUUAAUUAUCAAACCUGUUAAUGAUUAAAGAAAUGAUUCAAACGACUGAUGCCGGCUGAACUGUGGUCAGUCUGAUGUUGUUCAGUCGUCACAUUUAGAUGAUUUAUAACUAAAGACGUUCACAGAGGAAAGAUUAAAAAAAUAAUCAUUUAUCAGCAUGUUUAUUCUUGUUAACAGUCACUGACAUGAAGUUAAAACAAAUGAAAUUACAAUCUGUUAAUGUGUGAUACAAAAUGAAAAGGUGAAGCGCAGUGUUGCUUUUUAAUUACACAAAGUACAAAUCAGUCUCGUUUUGAUCAAAUCCUGUGUUAUUCUAUAAACAUGUCAACUGUACAAUGAUCAGAUGUAAGACGUCAGGGUUUGUUUCAUGACAUAUUUUACAAAACAAAAGUGCCAAAUAUUACAUUAAUAACAUGUAAAUGUGAAAUAAUCCCAUAAGUGUUUGAAUUUGAUAUGAAAAACUGAAAAUACCUUGUGAGAAGAAAAAGGAUGAUAUAUUAAACCAAAACAAUAAACCAACUUACCUUUGAA